GAUCUUUAUUUGUGUUGCAGCCCAAUCUAAUCUCAUUCGACAAUGGAACCGCCGCCGACCAUGGCCUUUCGAUGUCUUCUUCGGCUGAAGAAUUUCUAUAAGAUAUGGAAAGGACUUACUUUUGUGGGAAGCCAAGUAUUCAUUCAGCAUUCUUCACCUAUGGUUUGAAAGAUUUUAAACCUAAACUUCCAUUCAAGCUGUUGCCACUUCCAAUAGCUACAUCAAGAGAGGCACACGGAAUAUUGACAUCCCUUAAUCCCUGUCCAAAAGUUCAUCAUGGAGAAACAUUGCAACUUUUGCUUGAUGUAGCACCAUCCGAAAUUAGUCCUCAAUUCUUUAGUUUAGGUUUAUCAACUGAGCAUUGUGAAAACAAGAAACCCGCCAGCCUUGGAUUUCAGACUUCUGUAUCCAGUGUGAAGUAUGAGAAAGGUUCCACUAAUUGUGAAAGUGCUCAAGGUGUCUCCCAUAAAGAAAUCCAGAGAAGACUGAAGAUUGGCGCAGCAAACAGAGGCAGGAUACCUUGGAACAAAGGAAAGAAACACAGUGAAGAGACUCGUGAACGCAUUAAGAAAAAAACAUUGGAGGCCUUAAGCAACCCCAAGGUCCGGAAGAAGAUGUCUCAAUUCCAUCAUAGGCACAGUGACCAGAGCAAAUCUAGGAUUAGUUCUUCCCUAAAAAAGAUAUGGGAAGAGCGUCGAAAAAUUAAACGACUACAAGCCCAAUGCUACACAUUGUGGGCAAGAACUAUUGCUGAAGCAGCAAAAAUAGGAACUGAUGACCAAGAGGAAUUAGAAUGGGAUGACUUUGAGAAAAUGAAAGCAGAUUUCAUGACCCAACAAGUAAAACUCAAAGAAGAGAAAGAAAGGGCAAAAGUACGUGUGAAGCUAAGAGCUGAAAUGGUUGCGAGGGAGAGGGCUGAAAAAAUUGCAAAGCUCGCUGAACAAAGGAAACUACGGAAACAAAUGAUGGAAGAUAAACAGGUGGAGUCAUUUUCAAGAGAGAAAUCUGACAGAGAAAAGAAGAUACCAUUAUCCAAAAGUUUAAAACUCAGGGCAAGAUUAACUAAGUUUCGUGAACGCAAGAAGCAACUAAGCAAGUCCUGGAAAUUUGAAGCUGACAUGAUUGAAGAAUCGAGGCCAGAGUUUAAGAAAUGGGACAUGGAAGUGAUUAAAAAUGAAAGUUUGAAACAAAUCUCACUUGCUGAUCAAAUCGAAGCCGUGAAGAACAGAACAGAAUUGUCAGGAAUAGAAAUUGUAGCAAAUGCAUCCAUAGAUUAGGAGAUGAUUGGUUCCAUGAUAUGAGAUUUACUUGCCUUACGAGGACAUUAUGCCACGGUAGGUUCUUCAAUUUUUUUGUUCAAAUAGAAAUCUUAUUAAUAUUUUUUGGGAAAUUAUCUAAUGCCUCUUCUAACA